AUGCCUGGUGGAAACUACGCGGAGCUGGGGGGGAGCCUCCCUGCCCUCGCCUCCUUGAACGCCUCUUACUCCACGUCGUUGUCCCUCCCUUCCCCGUACCUGCCUGUACGAGCCAUCUCCGACGUCCGCCGCACCUUCUGCCUCUUUGUGACGUUCGACCUCCUCUUCAUCAGUCUUCUCUGGAUCAUAGAGAUGAACAUCACUGGAACCCUCUGGGAAAACUUGGAGGAUCAGGUUGUCAGAUAUAACUUCAAGUCGUCUUUCUUUGACAUAGUACUUCUUGCCGUCUUUCGUUUCCUUUGUCUACAAAUCGGUUAUGCAGCGUUCCGAUUGAAGCACUGGUGGGUUAUUGCGGUUUCCACUCUGGUGACCACAGUCUUCCUCGUUGUGAAGGUCAUCAUAUCCAACCUUCUGUCUAAAAAUGCCUUUGGCUACGUCUUGCCCAUCACCUCCUUCGUAGUGGCCUGGGUGGAGACCUGGUUCCUCGACUUUAAAGUUCUGACUCAAGAAGCCGCCGACGACAGAGCGUAUUUAGCAGUGGUGAACGCAGCCUGUGAAAGGGCUCCUGCCAUCUACCCCCAAGCUGUUUCAGAUGCGUUCUACUCCCCACCUGAAUCUGUCGUAGACUCGGAAGAGGAUCUGGAUGAAGAGGGCCUUGGGCGAAAAGCUGUCAGUGCUCAGGACAAGGAGUACGUCCGGCAGGGUUGGGAGGCCAUGUCUGUGGUGGAGCAGAUUCUCACUCAGGAGGACAACUGGAAGUUUGAGAAAAAUAACGACAUGGGAGACUCCGUUUACACUCUGGAGAUUCCCUACCACGGAAAGACUUUUAUUCUGAAGGCGCUCAUGCAGUGUCCCGCGGAGCUCGUCUAUCAGGAGGUGAUCCUGCAGCCGGAGAAGAUGGUCCAGUGGAACAGAACCGUUUCUGUCUGCCAGGUCCUUCAGCGGAUUGACGACAACACGCUGGUGUCGUACGACGUCUCGGCCGGUGCGGCAGGGGGAGUCGUGUCAGCCAGGGACUUCAUUAACGUUCGGCGCGUUGAACGCAAAGGAGACUGUUACAUGUCGGCUGGCAUGGCAACCAACCACGACUCCAAACCCCCGUGCAGCCGCUACGUCAGGGGGGAGAAUGGCCCAGGAGGGUUUGUGGUUCUGAAGUCCAGCAGUAGUCCGUCCGUCUGCACCUUCAUCUGGGUCCUGAACACAGACCUCAAGGGUCAUUUGCCUCGAUACCUCAUCCACCAGAGCCUGGCCGCCACCAUGUUUGAGUUCAUGUCCCAUUUACGCCAACGCAUCGUGGAUGUUCGGCUUCACCGCUCGCACCACCACCGCCACACCUAAAGCAGGAGAGCCCUCCUGAUGCUGGACCUCCACCACUUCUGCAAACCUGGUGUAGCAGCUCGUGGGAUGCUCCUGAAAGAGAAGUGCAACUAUAACUGAACAGGCUUCAUUUGGAAGCGCAGGAGAUCAAAUUUCCGACAGUUUCGUUAACGUGGACGUGCGACGAGAAGUGUCCCCGCCGGAGGUCACGGUGCACUUUACGAGACGACCUGCAGAAGGACGGGACUCAUCGGUUGCGGAAGACGGCCGACUUCUUAAAGAAGAACUGCUGCAACAGCCUGAAAACAGCCGAGCCUUCUCUGACGGAACACGCCGUUUAUCAUUAAUUUGCUGCUUUUUUUUAUAUGGAUUUGUAUCAAGAAUUAUCACCGCACGGUUUAUCUUUUUGUUUCUUCCUUCACUUGUUCAGACUUUGCAGCUGUAUUUUCAACAAACACCUGGUUUGAUGGAUUACAGCUAUUUUGACAUAAAUAUUCACCUUUAAACUGACGCUCGAGGUGCACUACCGCCUGCUCGCCACUAGAGGGAGACCUUGC